UUAUAAUUAAGUCAGACAAACACAGGCACAUAUGUUAACCCCGCACUCGGCCACACACUCCUAAUGCCCGGCUCACAGAGCAGAAACUGUCAUGGCAGCAUCUAGAUACUCCUAUCAUGGAUCCUUGAACAGAGCACCAUUGAGGAGGUCAGCCCAUUCCAUUCUGCGUGUGUAUGAACUGGAGAAGAUUCUCUAUACUGGGAAGACAACACGGAACCAUGCGGAUGAAGUGUGGCCGAAACUCUAUUUAGGAGAUCAGGAGAUAGCAGCCAAUAAAAGUGAACUUUACCAGAUGCGCAUCACUCACAUCUUGAAUGCAGUGCAUAGUCGCUGGAGAGGUGGAGAGGAAUACUAUCGGGGUAUGAACAUCUUGUACAUGGGAAUAGAGGCUCCGGACAGCCCGACAUUCGACAUGAGCGUCCACUUCCACCGAGCAGCAGAUUUUAUCCAUCGGGCCCUCAGGGAAAGAGGAAAGAUUCUGGUCCACUGUGCCGUGGGAGUGAGCAGAUCAGCCACAUUGGUGCUUGCCUAUCUUAUGAUCUACCAGCGGAUGACGUUGGUUGAAGCAAUUAACACCGUAAAGGACAAGCGAGGAAUUAUUCCUAACCGUGGAUUCCUAAAGCAAUUGUUGGACCUGGAGACCACGCUCAGAAGAAACCACUAG